UGUCUCCCUUGAUUAGCACAUCGCGAAGAUGCACGCGCAAUCUCGCGUGACGUCUACAUCCCGGAAGUCAAGCAGAAGAACUAUUCGACGAAUACUCACAUGAAGGUUCAGUUAUGAACCCUGUCUGGUGAGGAGCGAGUCAGAUGAAGUGUCAUGACAGAUUGAGAUAGAUAUGGAAUCUGUGAAGUCAAGGUUCCGAAGACUCUCCCUCAACCAUGUGUGUUUUGUGGGACUCUGUGCAGUGAUCGUGUACUUGUUUCGAGCUGGAGAUACCUAUUACCUGAAGCCAGUGUGGAGGAAACGGGUUGAGAGCCAGCAGUUUGCUAACGGUGCCUACCCAACAGAUGAGGAUAGAUUACCUCCCCCUGUCAUCACUGACCUUGAAAGUGAUGGUGUAAACGAGAUAGUGCUGAUAACAAGUGACAUGAAACUGACGAUCUUAGCUAUGCCCGAGAUGCAGGACAAGGAUGAAGAAACGUUACCCCAUGUGAUUGUGAAGCAUAAAGUAACUCUGCCUUUGUUGAAUGCUAAAGGAGACGUAGUGAGUCGCCCAGUUGUCAUGAGGACGGGCUUCACUGAACCAUAUCAGUCAAUGGUGCAAGUGAGAUCUCAGGUGAUAGUGAUAGCCACCGCCGACUGGCAGGUACUGUGCUUCACCCCAGCGCUGGAGUUGGUGUGGAGGACAUCGCUGAUGCCGGCCGAGGCACUGAAGGAAGCAUAUAUCAUGAAGGCUAUGGAUGUCCUGGUCACCUCACACUCCGUCAAGAAGAAUGAUGGUGGACUUGUUAUCAUCGGAGGCAGCAUGCUGCAUAAGUCACAUCUACAAGCAGAGGAAGACGAGGCUCAUUUCCGAAACCACACGGAGGAAUCACUGGACAGAGGGCAUUUCUCAACAUUUGCUGUCAGUGGUAGAAAUGGGUCUUUGCGAUGGAGCCAUCUACCGGGAGAUUUUGGCGAGCAGCGACAGGACAUCAAGGCACGGCCAUUUAACUCUUCACGUCAGGAGGAUGGAGGGGAACACCACUGGAAGCUGGGGCUUAGAAAGAACAGACUGCACAAGGGAGAGGUGCCCUGGAGGUACUAUAAGGACAAAAUCAAAUCUCUAUUGCCACAUAUGUGGACAAGCUUGGCGGACACCAAGUUCAAACUGGCUCGCUUUCAGAAAGAGGCUCCUGUUCCGGAGACUGAUGAUGAGGCUGAGGAUCAGGAGCCCUUUGAGUCCACGGCUCUCAAGCCAGAGCACAUUGUUGGGUAUGCCUAUGGUGGCCUGAGACCUCACAGUGAUGACGAACAUGUCGACAAUCCCAAUGCUGUCGUCAUCCAUCGGGACACUGGAGUAGAAGUACUCAAUCUGCUCUCGGGUCGCCCGAUGACAAGAAUGGAGUUCCUGCCAGACUCUUCCAUCUACAUGGACGUGGAUGGGGACUGGGAGCCUGAGCGGAUAACGUGGGGACAGUACAAGGACCACACUGUGUGUUACUUGGAGAUCUGGCGCCAGCAGCCCAUCAAAGAGAAGCUGGAUCAGCUGGCUGUCUGCAUCUCCAAGCGGAUGGUGUGGACACGGUCGUGGGCACUGGAGGAGGAUUUCUACAAGAAACUGCCACCAUACAUCACUCAGAAUGUCGCCAAGAAGAAGGGAAUAAUCUCGCAUCUACUUGGCCGUCACUUGUCAUUUGACUCCCGAUUUGACAUUGUGUCAGUCACCAGCUUGGGCAGGGUGUCUUCCUUUGAUGUGGAGGGAAACAUUCACUGGCAGGCACAAACCAUCGCAACAUGGUCGACCCUGGCUGCUGCAGUGAGGAAAGACAGGAAGAGACAACAGGCGAGCACCAAGGAGUUCUUCGAUUCCUUUGUGCCCAGCAGAGUGCCAAUGUCGAUGAAAGUCUUCGGACACAAGGAUACACUGGCGGUGGCUGGGUUCAAUGGCAUCGGUGUGGUGGACCUGAAGGAGGGCCACGUGUUGGCGCAACACUCUAUCCCAGCACCCCCGACAGCACCGCUCUUUGUGGGGGACUUCAACAAUGAUGGUCUUAAUGAUGUAGUUCUCACCUGUAAGAUGGGGUACAUUGGAUUUGUGCUGCAGUCCAAGACGAACCAUGAGUUCACAGCUAUGUAUGCCACAGCCGUUUUCCUGGCUAUCUUUGUCAUCACAAUGUGCAUGUCGCCUGAUGUGUGGUCCAAGUCGGAGGAGGAUGAGGAGUAGGUUGCAUCUCAGUCUGCAUCUUGGGCUGCAUCUCGGGACCUCUCACUGGUGUAGUCUCACCAGCAACUGAUGCAGGAGUGUCCACACAUCAUUGGACUCCAACAGGUGUUAUCUAUUGGGGAUGUGAUGCCAUUCAGAAUAUGAACAGUCUCUGCACACGGAUGUUGAAGCUUCCUGGUGUGUGGACUGGUGGCAGCAGGAACUGACCUACAGGACGCAUACUUCAACAGAUGAACCCAAUAGGAAGCUUUAGCCUAUCCCAGCAGGCUUUCACCUCCCAGUUACCUCACACAUAGUUCAUCCAUCCAUCCAUCCAUCCAUCCAUCCAUCCAUCCAUCUGUCUAUCCAUAUGUCAAUCCAUGAUAGGACUAAAAGAAUUCUGUUUGAUGAAACUGGUAAUAUUUGGGGGAUCAAUCAGAUCAAUUCUUAUGUAUGAUUGUUGCCAUGAACAUAAGCAUGGCACCGUGAAACACUGAAUAUUUUCACCAUGUGCUUGUAUUGUGUGUGUUAUGUGUUUGGGGUGGGUACAACUAUUUAGAGAUAUGUACUGAAACACUUAUGAAAAUGCAUAUUCAUCGGUAAGAUUUAGCAUAAAUGGCCACAAAUUCUGUGUAUUUUGGCAUGAGAUAAUCAAAGACAACAAUGUCGUUGUACAGGUUCGAAUCUCAUUCGAUGCUUUUCAAGAUGGACUUGACCACAAACACACAGGAUUUAGAAAUUGAUUAUGUGUUUUCGUUGUGUGUCAGUAUAGACAGAAAUAAAGCCAUCCUAAUUGUUUCUCCUGGAUGGUCCACCAACUUAUGGCAAUCACAACUUUCAUUCAGAGCUGCUUCCUUCGUAUGUUGUACAUGUUUAGUUGGAUCUCAUUGCCACAGGACUGUUUGUCAAGGAAUGAAUGUAUGAUACACGAGAACAGUACUUAUUGAAUAAAUACUAUAUUUGUAAA